CCUAGCUAAGAACAAACUCAAGUCCAAAGAAGAUCUGUCUGAUCGGAUCCGACCCGGCGGUCAUGAGCUCAAGCAGUCAUAGCAGUGGCAGUGGCCGCGGCGGUGCCGGUGCCGGAGUAUUGGGUCCGUGCGGAGCAUGCAAGUUCCUGAGGAGGAAGUGCGUGGCGGGAUGCAUUUUCGCUCCAUUCUUCGACCAGGAACAAGGCCCCUCUGUCUUUGCAUCGGUUCACAAGGUGUUCGGAGCUAGCAACUUUUCCAAGCUCCUCCGCCACAUUCCGCCCCACCGCCGCCCUGACGCCGUCGUCACCGUCUGCUUCGAGGCUCAGGCUCGCCUCCGUGACCCUGUCUAUGGUUGCUUUUCUCACAUCUUCAAUUAUCAGAAACAGGUGGAACACUUGCAAGCUGAACUUUCCUUCUUAGAAGCUGAGUUGGCAGCUCUCCGAGCCUCAAUUCCACCUCCGCCGCUUAAGUUCCCCUCAGCGGUAAAUAUUCCGGCCGGCUACUCUGCAGCUACUCUGGUAACCUGUGGCUACGAUGACCUCUCAUCCCCGUUUCAUCCAAUUUCACAACCUGCAAUGCAGUCGCACCGUCAGUUCGGAAGAGCUGCAGAAAAUCCGGUCGAAGAUGGGUCAUCUGCUUCGUUGUCUGUCACCGGCGCUGGCGUUCUUCAAGAGUUGACCCUCCGAGCUAUGAACGGGCGGCGCAUUAACUAGUUCGGGCUUCUAGACAAUAAUGUAUCACCCAUCUGCGGCGUCCCUAAUGCUCGAUCGGUGAAUUACUCAGUAAUAAUGUGUUUUAGUUCAUAAUUUUAUUUAAUUCAGUUGUUUAAUUUCUUUUAUUGUUUGGCUAUCGAACUUGAUUGGCGGGCUUGUUUGUUAUCUU